AUGCACGUCGAGAUACGGUCCGAUCGAAAGGAUCCUCAUGCUGAAAAUCAACAUCUUUUUGCUUUCCCGAAAGCAGUCAGCGAUGGCUACCAUCCGAAGCAACGACACGGCAGUCCAAGCAUCAGUGGCGAGCGUCUCUUAUUUAGUAUCAUGUUCAUCUUGCUUCUGAUUCCCUUGACUCUGAGCAUUCUACUGCUAUAUAGUGAUGUUCAAAACUGGCUCCUACCGGGGAAUAUGUACAACCUGGUGAAUCAAUACAGGUCCUCUGUUCAAACAUCGGUCCAGGUCAUUUCUGCUACUCUAGCAGCCAUCGAGGUCUUUGCACUCUGUCGCCUAAUCAAUCUGACAACCCGCAUUCGCUUUAAAAGAGCUCCGGUGUCACUAAAUAUGCUAAGCUUCUGGUCGGCCCUUUCGAAUUCAACAGCGAAUUGGAGCUUGCCUGCGUGGAUGAUCAUCGUGACUCUCCUGGUCGCUAAUCUGCAUACCGCUCUGACCGCAGUUUGGACUGGCGCUUUGACCCCAGUGAAUACUCUAGGCACGCAAAACACCACCAUUCAACUGCCUAACUGGUCUAAUAAUAGCCUCAUCAAAGAAUACCCGAGUCAGAUCGAUCGGACCGGGCCGACUGUUCGUAACACCAAGGGUUACUUCACAUAUUCGGUUGGCGUAGGCCUUCUUGGGUCUCUGCUGGGCUCGGCUAAUUCAGCUUCGUCGAUCGAUAACAGCAUUCGCAAUCACAAUAAGCUGGAUAAUACACGAUAUAAUUACCACGGCCGAUCAUAUGGAGCAGGUUCAAGUGCCGGUCUCACGGAUCAGUCUGUUCUCGAUAUACCACAUGCGAUCAACUAUACCUAUAGUGAGAUGGCUCUCGCACCCUCCGUCUCUUGCAUUUACAACCGCAGCUCGGAAUAUGCCAUCGACCAGCAGGGCGAUGGCAAUGUCUACGCCGCCAACGGAUAUCUCCCAGACAGCACUAGCGGAGAGUGGUCUGAUUAUGUGGGGUUUGGAACUGGUGCAAUUGUGGCAAUCGGUGUUUCUCAUAACCCUACCGCGUGGUCAACAUUGCGAUAUUUGGCUAUUUCGGCGGGAAAAUAUUAUAAAGAUUUAGAUAUGAUACAGUGCGCUGUGAGCUUUACUACGACAUGGUUCAACGUUUCUGUCAACGUCAGUGAACGAAACAUCACUAUCCACAAGAUUUCCGGGCCCUCGGAAAGCUCUAUCCCGGAGAUUGACCCUCACGGCAAUAUCACUCACGUGGUGAUGCGUCAGCUAGCGCUUAUUUCCGCGGACCAGACCAGUUUCUACCGCUCCACUGUCGGGGACGUCUUCAACGCUAGUAUUGGUGAUUAUCGAACAGCCGUCACAAACAACGCGACCACAAAGCCAUCAAGAUCGGAGUCAGAGAUUGCUCUGAAAGGAAUCGAGAACGCAGUGAUAUCUUUUGUUGACGACAUACUCGUUGCCUACGCAUCAGCCCAGCUAAUGGUCAGUGGACUGACAGUCUCCGCGCCGGCGUUGGUACAUGCCGAGGCUAUUCGUGUCGGAUCACGGGCCUAUAUAAUCAUAAAUUCAGUUAUCACCAUUGUGAUUGCAAUACUGGUGGCUGUUGAAGCCGUUCGCAUGCGAGGAUGGAGAGCGCUCCCGGCAUUUGAUUACACGGAUACUCGAAUGCUAGUUGUUGGUACGUCAAGGGGGGGGUAA